AUGCACAGAACAUACUCGCUCAGAUCGCAGAGAGCCCCAACCGCUGCUCAAUUGCAAUCGCCCCCUCCUCCACCUUCUUCCACCAGAAACAAGUUUUUCGGCAAAGGUCUCCUUUCCCACUCGGUCAGAAAGUCUGUCGCCGGCGCCAUGGGCCCCGAGAUGGCCCGCAAGUUGGCCCAGUUGAUCAAGAUGGAGAAGAACUUGAUGAGAUCCAUCGAGAUCACCGUCAACGAAAGAAAGGAGGUCGCCAAGCAAUUGUCCGCCUGGGGUGAGACCAACGACGACGACAUCUCGGACAUCACCGACAAGUUGGGUGUUUUGAUCUACGAGAUUGGUGAGUUGGAGGACCAGUUCAUCGACAGAUACGACCAGUACAGAAUCACCAUGAAGUCCAUCAGAGACAUCGAGGGUUCCGUGCAGCCCUCCAGAGAGAGAAAGCAGAAGAUCACCGACCAGAUCGCCUACUUGAAGUACAAGGACCCACAAUCGCCCAAGAUCACUGUUUUGGAGCAGGAGUUGGUCCGUGCCGAGGCCGAGUCGCUUGUUGCUGAGGCUCAAUUGUCCAACAUCACCCGUGAGAAGUUGAAGACUGCCUUCAACUACCAGUUCGACUCCAUGCGCGAGCACUCCGAGAAGAUCGCUUUGAUCGCCGGCUACGGUAAGGCCUUGUUGGAGUUGUUGGACGAGGCUCCUGUCACUCCUGGUGAGACCAGACCAGCCUACGACGGCUACGAGGCUUCCAAGCAAAUCAUCAUCGACGCCGAGAACGCUUUGGCCACCUGGACCUUUGACUCGGCUGUUGUGAAGCCAACCUUGUCUUUCGCUGCUCAAGAGGAGGAGUACGACGAGGACGAGUUGGCUGACGAGGCUGAGAACUUGAAGAUCACCGAGGGCCAAUGGGCCGAGGAGCAGAAGCAAAUUGCUUAA